CCGGCGGCCGCAGGCGGGGGGACGCGGGAGGAUGGAGCAAGUGGAGAUCCUGAGGAAAUUCAUCCAGAGGGUCCAGGCCAUGAAGAGUCCGGACCACAAUGGGGAGGACAACUUCGCCCGGGACUUCAUGCGAUUAAGAAGAUUGUCUACCAAAUAUAGAACAGAAAAGAUUUAUCCCACAGCCACUGGAGAAAAAGAAGAAAAUGUUAAAAAGAACAGAUAUAAGGACAUACUGCCAUUUGAUCAUAGCCGAGUUAAGUUGACUUUGAAAACUCCUUCUCAAGAUUCAGACUAUAUUAAUGCAAAUUUUAUUAAGGGUGUCUAUGGGCCAAAAGCAUAUGUGGCAACCCAAGGACCUUUAGCGAAUACCGUGAUAGAUUUUUGGAGGAUGAUAUGGGAAUACAAUGUUGUAAUCAUUGUAAUGGCCUGUCGAGAAUUUGAAAUGGGAAGGAAAAAAUGUGAACGCUAUUGGCCUUUGUAUGGAGAAGACCCCAUAACAUUUGCACCAUUUAAAAUUUCUUGUGAAGAUGAACAAGCAAGAACAGAUUACUUCAUUAGGACACUGUUACUUGAAUUUCAAAAUGAAUCUCGUAGGCUCUAUCAGUUUCAUUAUGUGAAUUGGCCAGACCAUGACGUUCCUUCAUCAUUCGAUUCUAUUCUGGAUAUGAUAAGCUUAAUGAGAAAAUACCAAGAACAUGAAGAUGUACCUAUUUGUAUUCAUUGCAGUGCAGGCUGUGGAAGAACAGGGGCCAUUUGUGCAAUAGAUUAUACGUGGAAUUUACUAAAAGCUGGGAAAAUACCAGAGGAAUUUAAUGUAUUUAAUUUAAUACAAGAAAUGAGAACACAAAGGCAUUCUGCAGUACAAACAAAGGAGCAGUACGAGCUUGUUCAUCGAGCCAUUGCACAACUGUUUGAAAAACAGUUACAACUGUAUGAAAUUCAUGGAACCCAGAAAAUUUCUGAUGGUGUAAAUGAAAUAACAACUGAAAACGUGGCUAGCUCCAUAGAUGCUGAGAAACAAGAUUCUCCUCCUCCAAAGCCACCAAGGACUCGCAGUUGCCUUGUAGAAGGAGAUGCUAAGGAAGAAAUCCUACAGCCACCAGAACCUCACCCAGUACCACCCAUCUUGACACCAUCUCCCCCCUCAGCCUUUCCAACAGUCACCACGGUGUGGCAAGACAAUGACAGAUACCACCCAAAGCCAGUGCUGCACAUGGUUUCAUCAGAACACUCAACAGACCUCAACAGAAACUACAAUAAGUCAACAGAUGGUCCAGGGAAAAAUGAACCAACUGCUGAACAGGCAGAUAAAAAAUUGGAACGAAACUUAAGUUUUGAGAUUAAGAAGGUCCCUCUCCAGGAAGGACCAAAAAGUUUUGAUGGGAACACCCUCUUGAAUAGAGGACAUGCGAUUAAAAUUAAAUCUGCUUCAUCUUGUAUGGUUGAUAAAAUGUCUAAGCCACAGGAGUUAAGUUCAGGGGAUGUAAAAGUUGAUGAUAAUCCUGAGAAUUCUUGUGUGGACUACAUUACAACACAGUCAAACAAGGUUUCUGCACCUUCAGAAGAAUCACAGAAUUCAGAUACACCACCAAGGCCAGACCGCUUGCCUCUUGAUAAAAAAGGACAUGCAACGUGGUCAUUUCAUGGACCAGAAAAUGCCACACCCACAACUGAUUCAUCUGAAGGCCAAUCCUCAGAUACUAUGAAAACCAUGAAAACUGUGAGUUCAACGUCAAACCCUGCAGCAGAAGCUGAAAUCCAUGAUCUUGUGGAUCAUCAUAGCAGUUCACCUCUGUUCAUAGCACCCCUUAGCUUUACUAAUCCCCUUCACUCUGAUGAUUCAGACUCAGAUGAAAGGACUUCUGAGGGUGCUGUGACAAAGAAGAAAACUACAAUUUCAACAGCAAGUGCCACAGUUUCUGCUGCCACCAGCACCGAAAUCAUUUCUACGAGGAAAGUAUUGCCCAUGUCCAUUGCUAGACAUGAUGUAGCAGGAACCAUACAUUCAGGUGCUGAACAAGAUGUUGACAUUAGUGAAGAUUCACCUCCUCCCCUACCUGAAAGAACUCCUGAAUCUUUUGUACUAGCAAGUGAACAGAGUGAGUAUAUACCUAUAAGAUCUGAAUGGAGUGAACUUCAAAGUCAGGAAUGGUCUGAACAAAGAGAGUCUGAAGACUUGAUAACCUCUGGAUAUGAAAAAUGUGAUCAUGUAUCAGGAGGUAAUCACAUCACAGAGACUUGUACAGAAUGUCCACCUACUUUCAGUGACAAGAAAGAUCAAGUAACAGAAAGUCCAACAGAAGCCACAGAUAUUGGUUUUGGUAAUCGCUGUGGCAAACCAAAAGGACCAAGAGACCCACCUUCUGAAUGGACAUGAUUCAGGGAAUACAACCUUUAAAUUAUACUGGAAAAUUCAAGUGCCACUGAAAGCCAGAUUUAUAGUAUUCCAUCUUUAAAAUGUGGGACUAACAGCAGUGUAGAUUGUUACCUUAGUAUUUUUUGCUGGGAUCAUCUACCUGCCUUAUACUACAGUUAGGAAAAAGUAUUACAUAUGGUUUAUUUUGUAACUUCAAGUAUUAUUGCCUUAAUGUCUCUUAACCCUGUUACACGCUGCUUGUAGACCUGUUAUUACAGUAAUAAUUUUAUGAUGAAUUGAGUUCAUGGACUAUUUUGCUGUUUUAUCAUGUAUGCAUUAUUUUGUAUAUGUACAGGGCAAGUAGUUAUAUAAUUUGAUAAAGUUGGAGUCAUAAAAUAUUAUUAACAGAAGAUGUAAGAAAUUUCUGCAUGGUCUAAAUCUUUGUGUAUCUUAUUUGUAAAUUAUUUGCCCUGAAAUUUUAGAAAAUAGUUUCUGAAUUUUAAAAUUGCUGGAUUCAUGCAGCCAGCAUUGCAGGUUAUCAGCGAUCAAAGAUUGUAAUAAUAAUACAUUUUGUAAAUUGUAUGGAAAAGGUUAUUUUUAUAUUAUAAAUUGUCUAAUUGUCCAUCCUAAUUGUUUUGUUUUCAUCUAGUUAUGGAGAUUCAGUAAGUGCCUUGGAACAAUAUUGAAUUCUCUUAGCUCAUGUGUGUUACUUUAAUAUUGGAACUCAACUGGGUUAGAAGACUAUCAAAAUAUUUGACCUGCCAUUAAAAACAAAAACAACAAUUUUACAGUGCAUACAUAUUGUCUUGGUUUUUAUUCCUAGAAAACCAAACCUACUAUUUUGGUAUCUUAGCCUUGCUUUUUUUUUUAGUUGCAAGUAUGAAUCAGAUACAAAUUUUCAGUUUAGGACUAGACAUGAUGGUACAUUCCUGUCGUCCCAGGAGACUGGGAGACUGAGACCGAGACUGAGGUGGGAGGAUUGCUUGAGCCUCACUAGUUGGAAACUAGACAGCUAUAGGCAGGGCUCAAAUGGCAGAUUGCCAGCCUGAGUUUC